AUGCCUCUCAAUGACUUCUGGAGUAAAACUAGUGGCUUUUGCGGGGGAUUUAUAAUGAAUGAAAUUUUAUUUUUUUUUUUUCUCUCCCUUUUUGGCACAGACCUACUGGUCCAUAUCGAAAAUUUUAUUUGUAAACAACCGUCGCAUGAUUUUGACAUUCAUGGGAUCACGUGCUUGCUAGAGAAAGGUCGAAUUUUCGACUUAAAUCGGCAGCCGACAUGUGUGAACGUAUUCCAUCUUAUUUACUUUCCGAAAAUCAUCAGAAUCCGAUCAUCAAAAAGUCACUGCGACGAUUCUUCAUCACUCCGCGCAUUCCGCAGAUCAUUGCUCAGUUUGUUAUCCGCCUUAUCAGUGUCCGCUUAUUAUUUAAUUAAACAACCAAUUUUAUCUGAGUUUCCCUACAUCUACUUGCAACAAUCAAGGUGGUACUACAUCGGCCGGUUAUACCGAAACAAGAGAGUUUUUCACGGACGCGAACUAAUUGUUAUAACCGGAGCAACCUCAGGAAUUGGAUUAGCUUUGGCCAACGAGCUUGCCUCGAGAAACUGCCAUUUGGUGCUGGGAUGUCGAAACCUAACCAACGGUAUUCUGGUUCGAAAGAAACUUGAGCAACAAGUUGGCCCUGCAAAUAUAGUGGAUAUAUUUGAGCUGGACCUUAGCAGCUUAAAAAGCGUCGUUGGUUUCGUGGACAGCGUUAACAGCCUGCGGAAACCGAUAUAUGCAUUAGUUAAUAAUGCCGGUAUUUUUUACGCCGAGCCUGGACUGACAAUCGACGGCAUAGAACAAACAUUCCAGGUUAACUACUUAAGUCACUAUCUGUUAACCAUACUGUUGUUGCCAAAACUGAAGCUGUACCCCGGCAACAGUCGAGUGGUUACCGUAUCCUCCAAGGCUCAUCAAGACGUUGAACGAUUUCCGGAUUUGGAACUCCAUCGAGAAUUUGACGACUCGCCAAGUAAUCGUUUCAGAUCAUAUCAGUACAGCAAAUUCAGUGUAGUUACCUUUUCUCAGAAGCUUUCGUCGAUAUUAGCAAACUCUAACGUGACCGUUCACUGCGUUGAUCCUGGGAAUGUAGAAACCGACAUCUACAGAAGCUUCCCACCCUUAUCAAAUAAGCUACUGUUUUAUUUGCAAAAGCCUAUAAGAUUACUAUUAGUUAAAACUCCCAGGGAAGGCGCCCAAGGUUUAUUGUAUGCUAUCAUAUCACCAGAGACUCCCAGAUUCUACAUCACUAAACAUUACUCCAAUUCAGAAGAGCAACAAGAAGUAAAUCCCCGUAUCUACAACCCUAUCCUAGGGGACACAUUAUGGAAGCUGAGUCGCCAACUGUGCCGCGAUCACCUGCUAGAACUGAUCUAGUGCCAAAAUUCUGGAAAAAUGAUAUCAAAGGACUACAUAAAGAAUUGAUCAGCUUCCGCUUUAUGUCAAUGACCAAACCAACACCAGAAGCUAGAUGUCAUGUCAGUAUAAGUGAGGUAAACAAUCUUUCAGGCAAGGAAUCU